CCACGAUCAGGAAAGGCGGGAUCAGCGCCGGGAAUAGCCUCAGCUGCCUUUGACAAGCGGGAGGAGACUAGGCAGCCUUCAGGGAGCAGGUGGACGGAGCAGCGCCGAUGGAGCCCGCCGCAUCCGGCAGAGGAGGAGAGGACGAGGGAGAUUAGCGGGACGGGCGGCGGCAGAAGAGGAGGAGGAGGGUACUGCCACCGCCUCAGUGAGCGACCGCGGGCGGGCGAGGCGGGAGCAGGAAAGCGGACCCAGAUCCUGGUGCGGGAGGAUGGGUAACGCCGACUCCAAGCUUAACUUCAGGAAGGCUGUGAUCCAGCUCACCACCAAGACACAGCCUGUAGAGGCCACAGAUGAUGCCUUCUGGGACCAGUUCUGGGCAGAUACAGCUACUUCAGUCCAGGAUGUCUUUGCUCUAGUUCCUGCUGCAGAAGUUAGAGCUGUGAGGGAAGAAUCUCCUUCAAAUUUGGCUACUUUGUGUUAUAAGGCAGUGGAAAAACUGGUGCAGGGGGCUGAGAGUGGCUGUCACUCUGAGAAAGAAAAGCAGAUUGUCCUGAACUGCAGCCGUCUCUUGACCCGCAUCCUACCGUAUAUAUUUGAAGAUCCUGACUGGAGAGGUUUCUUCUGGUCAACUGUUCCAGGGGCUGGACGAGGAGCAGGAGAUGAAGAUGAUGAAAAUGCUAGGCCACUGGCUGAGUCUCUGCUUCUAGCCAUUGCAGAUCUGCUCUUCUGUCCAGAAUUCACUGUCCAGAGCCAUCGAAAAAACAGUGUGGACACGGCUGAGGAUAUCCAUGCAAUCGAUAGUUGUGAAUAUAUCUGGGAGGCUGGUGUUGGAUUUGCUCAUUCACCACCACCCAGCUACAGCCAUGAUUUAAAUAGGACAGAGCUGCUGAAACUUUUACUGACCUGUUUCUCGGAGGUCAUGUACUUGCCUCCCUCCUCGGAUAGCAGGAACACUAAUCCCUGGGUCCAGUUCUUCUGUUCUACAGAGAACAGGCAUGCCCUUCCACUGUUUACUUCCCUCUUGAAUACCGUCUGUGCUUACGAUCCAGUGGGUUAUGGGAUCCCCUAUAACCACUUGCUCUUCUCGGACUAUCGUGAACCACUGGUGGAGCAGGCUGCUCAAGUCCUUAUAGUCACAUUGGACUAUGAUACUUCUACCAGCUCCAGUCCCACAGUAGAUGGCACUACCACUGGAACAGUCAUGGAUGAUACUGAUCCUCCAGGACCAGACAACCUGUUUGUCAAUUACCUGUCUAGGAUACACAGAGAAGAGGAUUUCCAGUUUGUUUUGAAAGGAGUAGCCCGUCUGCUCUCCAACCCUCUGGUCCAAACCUACCUGCCAAAUUCUACUAAAAAGAUCCAGUUUCAUCAGGAGCUCUUGGUUCUCUUCUGGAAACUCUGUGAUUUCAACAAGAAAUUUCUCUUCUUUGUUCUGAAAAGCAGUGAUGUUUUAGAUAUCCUGGUGCCAAUACUCUACUUCCUUAAUGAUGCUAGAGCAGAUCAGUCUCGAGUUGGUCUUAUGCAUAUUGGUGUCUUCAUCUUACUGCUGCUGAGUGGGGAAAGAAAUUUUGGUGUCCGCCUCAACAAGCCGUAUUCUGUACGAGUACCAAUGGAUAUUCCUGUUUUUACAGGGACACACGCAGAUCUUCUCAUCAUCGUCUUUCAUAAAAUCAUCACUAGUGGACAUCAGCGGUUGCAGCCCCUAUUUGACUGCCUCCUUACCAUCAUUGUGAAUGUAUCUCCAUACUUGAAGUCUCUUUCCAUGGUAGCAGCUAACAAAUUGCUGCAUUUAUUAGAAGCGUUUUCAACUACUUGGUUCCUUUUCUCCAUGGUCCAAAACCACCACCUUGUCUUCUUUUUGCUGGAAGUCUUCAACAAUAUCAUCCAGUACCAGUUCGAUGGUAAUUCCAAUUUGGUAUAUGCCAUUAUUCGCAAACGAAAUGUAUUCCAUCAGCUAGCCAACCUACCUACUGACUUGCAGUCCAUCCAGAAAGCUUUACAGCGCAAAAAGAAAGCUCCCGAGCCCAUCUCUCGGACCAACUCUCAGGAGGGGAUAUCCAUGGAAGGGUCACGACCUGCUGCACCUGCAGAGCCUGGAACACUAAAGGCCAGCCUAGUAGCAACCCCAGGCAUUGACAAACUCACAGAGAAAUCUCAGGUGUCAGAGGAUGGGACCAUGCGCUCCUUAGAGCCAGAGUCCUCUCAGUCUCCAGCAGAAGAAAGCCCCCCGGGCACGGUCAGUGAUACUGAAACCUGGAAUGUGGAGUCGUCACAACCCAAGCGGGACCGGCGACGUCUGUCCAGCACAUCCUCAGCUGGGCAGUGGAAUCCAACUCCUGAAUGGGUGGUAUCUUGGAAGUCGAAAUUGCCCCUGCAGACAAUCAUGAGGCUGUUGCAGGUCCUGGUUCCACAGGUAGAGAAGAUUUGCAUUGACAAGGGCCUUACUGAUGAAUCUGAGAUUCUGAAAUUCUUGCAGCAUGGCACAUUGGUGGGGCUCCUUCCUGUCCCUCAUCCCAUCCUGAUCCGUAAAUACCAGGCUAACUCUGGUACCGCUAUGUGGUUCCGCACUUAUAUGUGGGGAGUCAUAUAUCUGAGGAAUGUGGAUCCUCCUAUCUGGUAUGACACAGAUGUAAAGCUGUUUGAAAUUCAACGAGUUUGAGGAAUGGAAGUUGCCUCCGGUUGAGCAGAAACACUGGAAACAAGGAUCUUGCUGUGCGCUUCUUCAUCAUUGCUCUUUCUUCAUUUCACUGCCUCCUGCAUGUUUCAAAGGACAAUCACAGCCAUCUCCCCUGCCGCUUUAAAACUCAGUGGCCCUUCCUGGCUUUGCCUGCCCCCAAGAGAAGGUGUGAUGGAAGGAUGUUGAAGGAAUGGCCAUUGCUGGGAAUCACACUGGAAACCAAACAAGGGCUCGUCAAAUCUUCCCCAUGCGUUCGGUGCAAUUUUGAAUCUGACUAGCUAGAGAAACCAUUUUUCCCUCCCUAGUCAGAUUCAGCUUUUAUGUAAAAAGACGUUGAAUGUAAUGAAUUAGGAAAGUGGACCAGUGAAGGAAGUACAACUGCAGGAAGUAGCUUUGUGGUUCUUUUCCAAAGAAUGUAGCCUGUCAGCCCCUUCUUUCACAGUCCUCUCUUCCCAUCCCCCCCGCUUUACUGCAUUGUGUCGGGGGCGGAAAGGAGUUUCAUUUAGGAGCAGACUGUUGACCCAACAGUCCACUCAUUUAUGUUACUUCAGGGCAAUCUUUUGGUUUUGUUCAUUCUCCCCUGUCAAUGAAUAUGUGCUUAAUUCCUUUGCUCUGGUACUGUAGCUGAACCCUCAAAUUCCAUUUUUGUUUCUUUGUUCCCCUAACCUUGUAGGAGCUCCUUUUAAAUAUGGAUGUGUGUCUUAGACAUAUCUCACAUUUUAAAAUUGGUGUUUAUUGCAAGAAUUGUCUCUGGAAAAAAUAUUGUAACUUGGGACAUUUUGAGAGAUGAGGAAAUGGCUUGGGCACAUGCUAUUUUCAGGGAUUUAGAAAUUAAUUGUUUUUUUUUAAUGUAUUGAAAUGAGCAGUCAAACUGCUGGAAUGGAGUUUAUUCUCUAGAAAGUCACAUAGUUUGGCUUGUAUUCUAAGCUGAGUAAUUAAACUAUAAUUGAUUUAAAAUAAGAAAAAUAUCUCUUGGUUAUAAAUUUUCAGCAUGAUCUUGCAGGAUCCAGUAGUAUCCUAUAGUAGUAUAAGUGUGUUUUUGCUCACCACAAAGGAUGGCAAACAUGUUAUGGAGUGAUCUCCUUCUUGCCAGCUUUUAUUUGAGCCCUAACCAGAGAAUCUAAAAUUUGAGAGGCUGUUUUGACAUAGCCCUUUUCUCUCUCUUUAUAAAGACUUGUCCUUUUCAUACCUGAAAGGUAUGAACAUAGUAAAUGUUAUCACCUUGUGGCAUAGGAAAGUGCAACUUAAACCUGUAAAACUAAUACCAAUGCACUUUUUUUUUCUGCUCAAGAAUAGAUAUUUUCAGGUUUUUUAUUACAACAAAGUGAGGAUAUUAUAGAUAUUAACUAGAUACAAUUCUGGAGAGUUAGAUUGGGGAAAGAAUAAAUAAGGCCAUUGUGGUUCCUCUUGACAUUUCUCGUUUUGACAUUCAUCAUUUCAUUUCCUCAUUAACAAAAACCUGCUAUUAAAUUCCUCUUACAUCUCCACUGACAGAAUGAAGACUAUAUUUUCCUUUGAAUUUCUUUGGUGAUGCCCAAGUAAGGUUCUGAUCAGUUGCACCAUAUUUGUACCUCACUGCAGAGUAAAGAUUCUUGUUAGUAAACACUGAUCUAUGUCUUUCAACUGUAUACACAAACACUCCCAUAUAUGUGUGUAUGCACACUUUUGUGAUACUCCAACUUUUUAUUUUAUAUUAAUGUGUUUUUUUCUUGUGAAUUUAUCUUGACUUUCGCUUUCUUUAGCAUUGCAGCUCUGCUCUUUGUUCAAUGAAGAAUCAAAAUUGCACUAUAAACUAUUUACUUGACAUAUGGAGAUAAAAUUAUCUUAAACACUGUA